ACUGGAGAUGGGUUGCUUGGAUGGAGCUUGUAGCGGUUGUCAUGUUACUCGAGUGCCAAAAAUUCUCCAUUUGUUGAAUUUUAUGUCAAAAUAAAUAUUUUGCUUUCAAGUUUUAAGUUUAUUUAUCUCUUCCUUAUUAUGGGUUGAUUUGGUCUUUCCCUCAGUUCUAGUUUUCCAUUAGUCCUUCCUUGUCCACCUCCAUGAACCAACAUCUACAAAAAGCGCCAAACUUUUUCAAGUGAUGAUGGUUUCUAUGCUCGAAAUAGACACUUAUAUACAGCAUCAAGGAAAAGGACUCCCAGGUAAUGUGUUGAUGCAUAGAUUCUUUCUUUCAGUUUUCAUGGUGGAAAAUCAAGCAAAUGCCAAGUUGAGGAUGAUAUUCUGUUGAAAAUGAAAAAUGGGUAGCAGUUGAAGCAGUGAAAAGGUCAGGGGAAAAAGAGGGAAAAGAAGAUUAAAGAAAGGAAAGUAGAUAUGCCAACAGUUUGGUUCUCUUUGAAGAAAUCUCUUCACUGCAAAUCAGAGCCAUCAGAUGUUCAUGACCCAAAAUCAAGGAAACAUUUGGGCACAAUCUUGACAAGGAAAACAGGGAGGUCAGGGUGUUCAAGGUCCAUAGCAAAUCUCAAGGAUGUCAUCCAUGGAAGUAAGAGACAUCUUGAAAAACCACCCAGCUGCAGUCCCAGAUCUAUAGGGAGCAGUGAGUUUCUCAACCCAAUAACCCAUGAAGUCAUCCUGAGUAACUCUAGGUGUGAGCUCAAAAUCACUGGUUUUGGUGGGUUCCAAGAAGGGGUUGGUCAUGGUGGUGCUAAUGGCGGUGGUGAUGGUGGUUGUGCCGGCGGUGGCGGCUCAACCUUUGUUGGUACGUUAAGGCCGGGUACACCGGGGCCCGGAGGGCACCCAACAAUGCACUAUUUCAAUCAUUCUUUGAGAAACCCUUCAACUCCUCCUAGAAAGUCUGCUUUUCUUUCAUCAGAAAGAGAAAGGUCUGUGUUCGGGGGUUCUGGUAUCUUCGGCGGUGGCGGUGGCGGUGGCGGUGGUGGCGGCGGCGGCUAUUCAAGCAGACGGGUUUCGCUUGAAACGGACUCCAAUGGCUGUUCCAUUGUUACUUGCCAUAAAUGCGGAGAGCAAUUUAACAAAUGGGAAGCCGCUGAAGCACAUCAUCUCUCAAAACAUGCCGUUACUGAACUUGUGGAAGGUGAUUCAUCUAGAAAGAUUGUGGAAAUUAUAUGCCGGACAAGUUGGUUGAAGUCUGAAAACCAUUGUGGCCGGAUUGAUAGAGUUCUGAAAGUUCACAAUAUGCAGAAAACUCUUGCUCGAUUCGAAGAAUAUAGGGAAAUGGUAAAGAACAAAGCAAGCAAACUUCCCAAGAAGCAUCCUCGAUGCAUUGCUGAUGGGAAUGAGCUAUUGAGAUUCUAUGGCACAACUGUGGUGUGCUCUCUUGGCCUAAAUGGUUCUUCUCUUUGUAUAUCAGAAAAAUGUUGUGUCUGUCGAAUUAUCAGAAAUGGAUUCACUGCCAAGAAGGAACUCAAGGAGGGAAUAGGCGUCUUUACAACUUCUACAAGUGGAAGAGCUUUUGAAUCUAUUGAAAUUCUUGAAGAGGAUCCGUCCAUAAGGAAAGCCUUGAUAGUUUGCAGAGUGAUUGCUGGGAGGGUGCAUAGACCUUUAGAGAAUAUACAAGAAAUGGCUGGCCAAACAGGGUUUGAUUCAUUGGCCGGAAAAGUUGGUCUCUACUCAAAUAUUGAGGAGCUUUAUCUGCUAAAUCCUAGAGCUCUCCUGCCUUGUUUUGUGGUAAUCUGCAAACCCUGAAGAUAAAAAAUAGAAAAUGCUUUGGUUGUGUGAAUCCUUUUCCCUCUCUUAAUAGAGAUUUCCUCUCUUAUUUUUGGAAGAAUUCUAUUUCUUCUUUCAAGCUUCUUGUUACUUGCUAAUAUAUUUGAUUUGUGCACCUCACAUUUGAAUCAUUCUUGCAACUGUAUCUCUUCCUCAUUUAAGGCUUGUAUUGCUGACAAACAUCUAAAAUCUUUAUAUAGCACUCGCCCUCUUUCAUUUUGUAU